AUGUCAAAGCGGGAGACAUCUGAUGUUCUCAAUGAAACAGAAUUCGCCGAAGGAGCUCCUUCUAAGUCCAAACCUCGACUUAAUUACAGAACUCUGGACUCAGCUACAGCAUCGCCCAUAUCCGGAAUCAUGAAAUCCGUUCAAUUUCUUCCAUACCCAAAUGUCACCUUCCAGACUAUGCCAUCGAAAUCAAUUCCUUUCCAGCAACCCAUGCCUUUAACUUCUUUCUCCUACGAUUCCCAGCAUACACAGGAAUUCAAUGACUCAGCACUACGGUACUACCGCUCUCCUCCCCCCAACGCGCAACUUGGGUAUGGAUAUGAACAUUGGAUACGUAGGCCAGAGGAACGGUCUCGUGUUGACUCUCUGCUAAAAGCCGUGGACCGUGUCACCGAAGGUCAACAUAAGAAGAUGAACCUCGCAGAGGUGGGUGUUGUUGCGUGGAGAGGAGUUGUAACCAGGUUGUUAACUGCGCCGUACGAGGAUAGGGAAGGCUGGGAGAUGAACGUUAUGUUUAUUAACGGGACUCUUUAUCUGGAGGAACACCGUACUGAAACACAGAUUAUGGAGAAGAACAAUAUAAAACCUCAGCACCGUAAGAUGAUGUACUAUGGAUACGCUUUCGAAAGCUAUUGUACUACCGAACACUCAAGACCAGCCGCGUCCAAUCAAUCCGAUAGGUCCUCUCAUAAUAGCGACGCCUCAGGCUGGGGAGGUCAUGUUGACACCAACAUACAGUGGUGUAGCGUUGUGAAAACAAAGUUGGGAGACACAAAAUUCAUUAUUGGAGGAGAAGUGGACUGCUCUGACGGUCAGUACAAAGGCACUACUGAUACGUUCGUAGAACUGAAGACAUCUAUGGCCAUUCGUGGGGCUGCCGAUGAGGAGAAAUUUGAGAGAAAACUGCUCAAAUUUUACUUUCAAUCUUUCCUUCUUGGGGUACCGAAGAUCAUCGUAGGAUUCCGUACACCCUCUGGACAACUCACAACAACCCAGUCCUUUCAAACGAUGCAAAUACCGAGGAUGCUGCGCGAGAAAAGUGGACAUAAGGCUCAUAAAAGCAACGCGACACCUUGGGAUCCAUCGAUGUGUUUAGCCUGGUGCCACCAGUUUUUGACGUACUUGAAGCAAACGGUAGUUCAGGAUUCCGAUGAUGAUCCGAGUCAUCAAAAGGAUUCUGUUAAGGAGGAAGUGAAUCGUGGCCAUUCGCCUACCUCGACGACGGUAUGGCGAGUGAGCUUCGUCCCUCGGGAAGGAGCCAGAGUGGUGAAAUUGGACAAAUCAGAGGUGGAGGAGGUAGUGAACGGAGAAGAUCGCGUAGGAUUUAUACCGCGAUGGUACUGGGAUAAAGUGAAUUCUGCCACGCAUACAAGUCACCAAAGCUCUGUACGUAGUAGUUCAGCCGCAGUGCAGCCUGCUCAAGGUGCGGUGGGAGGCUGGCGAAUAUAA